GGCGCAGCGCGUCGCCCCCUGCCGCAUUGCCAUGGCUGCCCGUGGUGGCGUCGCCUCUGCCGGCGAGGGGCUGCGCUACGCCGAGUACUCGCCGCCCUCGACCAGGCGACCGGACGCGGACAUCGACAAGGGACUGGCAAGAAGUUUGAUAGCUGUAGGACUGGGUGUUGCAGCUCUUGCUUUUGCAGGUCGCUAUGCAUUUCAGAUCUGGAAACCUCUAGAACAAGUAAUCACAGAUGCCGCCAAGAAGAUUUCAGCUCCUAGCCUGUCAUCCUACUAUAAAGGAGGAUUUGAGCAGAAAAUGAGUAGGCGAGAAGCUAGUCUUAUUUUGGGUGUAAGCCCGUCUGCUGGUAAGGCCAAGAUUAGGACAGCUCACAGGAGAAUCAUGAUUUUGAAUCACCCAGAUAAAGGUGGAUCUCCUUACUUAGCAACCAAAAUAAAUGAAGCAAAAGACUUGCUGGAAGCAACCACCAAACAUUGAUUGAUACUCAAGGACACUCUGAAGGAAAAGAAGGGGGAACUUAAAAAAAAGAAUUCUGCAAAUUAAUCUAAACCCUAGCCUUCAUAAUUUCAUACGUGUACCUAUUACAAAUAUUUAUUCCACAGUUAAGCUAUAUAAUAAUAAAAGAUUAAUAAUCUGUCA